CGCCAGACACGGGAAGUGCAGCGAUGGGCAGGCAAUAGGCAUCAGCACUGCUGGCCAUUGUGCAUGCAUCUAUCUAUACGUACACACAGCUCAUCCACACUGCAUGAACAUACAAUCAUAUUGCCACAGCUAGCUGAAUCAUUCCUGCUGCUGCUCGUCUCCUGUAUACGCAGCUCCAUGACUCUUCCCUGUCGAUAUCCAGGUCCCUGCUGUUGGCAACAAAUCUCCCGUUCCGGGCGCUGAUCGUCAGCAUCACCUCCUUGUUGGCCCGUUGUGUUGACACAUCGGUCUACUGCUGGCUGCCUUAGCUUCCAAUAUACACGCAUACUUUGUGUGUGCAAGUGUGUUGACGGACUUGCUGCCUUGAAAUCCCUGCUACAUUAUUCAACCAUCCGGUCCGGUCCCCGCAAAACUAUAUUCUACGGCAGUUUUGUUUACUCGGUUCCGGUGGAUGCUGUCGGAGUGUGCGCCACUGCGCAGGGCCGUGGUCAGCACAGGAGUAUAUAUGCGUCCAUAGAAUUAACGACUACCCCCGUCGGAUCACAACGACCGGGAGAGACCCCUGGCCAGCAUGCGCUGAAUAAAUAAGCAAGUGCAGAGCCGGAUGGAGUAGCGCGCUGCACGAGCCAUUUUGCUCUUUCUCACAUCUGUGUCUGCCAGUUGCCGACCACAUAUAAAUUACACCCGGUCGGGCAUGAUGUCGGUGGGACGGCCCGGUCAAGUGCGUGGUGGUGGGCGACGGGACGGUGGGCAAGACCUGCAUGCUCAUCUCCUACACCACCGACAGCUUCCCCGGGGAGUACGUCCCCACCGUAUUCGACAACUUCUCCGCGGCGCUAAAGGUGGACGACAUCUUGGUGAACCUGGGGCUGUGGGACACGGCCGGCCAGGAAGACUACGACCGGCUGCGACCGCUCAGCUAUCCUCAAACGGACGUGUUCCUGAUCUGCUUCAGCGUCGUCUCGCCGUCCUCGUUAGACAACGUGCUGCUGAAGUGGUACCCCGAGAUCCACCACCACUGCCCGGCGAGCCCCAUCAUCCUGGUGGGGACCAAGAUCGACCUGCGCGAGGACCGCGCUGUGUUGGACUCCCUGGCGGACACGGGCCACGCCCCGGUGCGCCGCGAGCAGGGCCUGAAGGUGGCCCACAAGAUCCGCGCCGUCCGCUACCUGGAGUGCUCGGCCCUGACGCAGAAGGGCCUCAAGCCCGUCUUCGAGGAGGCCGCCCGCGCCGUCCUCUUCCCCAAGCAGUACCGCCCGCGCAAGUACAACUGCACCCUCGUCUGAGCCCCGCCCGCGCCCGCGGGAGGGGACGUUGCCAGGGAUCUCCGCUGUCCGUCGUGCAGGUCCACCUGCCCCGGUAGUCAGUUACGAGGCCAGCCUGCAUGUCUUCGUAUGCUUGCCGGCGAUUCGGAUU